AUGUCCACCGAGCUCAGGUGGGAGGAGCGCGCGACGGACCGUGCGCGCGUGCUGCCUUUGUGUGUGCGCGCGCGCUCCGCGUAUGCUUAUAAACCGCCUCCUAGAGCCAGAAAUAUUCAGCCGACCGUCGGGACUCAGCAGCAGCAGCGACCGGGACCGUCGGAAGUCUCUUAUACAGUUCACGCCGAUUUUCGAGCCGAUUUUCCGACCGUCGGUGAUCUUCCAAAUCCAAAACAGGACGAGGCAUUAGGAACACCCGGACCGAACCCCAAACCCAGGAUGUGCAGACCAGGCUGGCAGGGUUCAGCAUGUGAGCGGUGCGUUCCCUUCCCAGGCUGUCUUCAUGGGACGUGUGAGAAAGCCUGGCAGUGUGUAUGCGAGCAGGGCUGGGUGGGCAGUCAGUGUGACCGAGACACCCGUCUGUGUUCAUCCAGACCGUGUCCCGGCAAUUCGACCUGUGUUGAAACAGGCGAGGGUGGAUUCCUCUGUAUCUGUCCUCCCGGGUACACGGGCAAAAGCUGCCAGCUGAGGAACGGACCGUGCCUGACGAACGGCUCCCCGUGUCAGAACGGCGGCACCUGCGUGGACCAUAACGGCUCCGACGUUCGCCCGUCCUGCCGCUGUCCCCCCGGAUUCACUGGAGAUUUCUGCGAGAUCGAAACAGACACGUGCGAGCCGAACCCGUGUCGGAACGGCGCCACGUGCAGGGAUCACGGACGGACCUACACCUGCGUUUGCCCCCCUGCUUUCUCCGGCCCCGUGUGCAACGUCAGCCUGGUUUCAUGCUCUGACAGGACCUGCGCCAACGGAGGCACCUGCUUAAACCAGACCGUCGGCCGGACCCGAUGCGUCUGCCCGCCGGGCCUGACGGGACCCUGGUGCGACUUUCACGUCGUCAGGUUCAAACCUCCGAGCACCGGUCACCAUCCCAAGCGGUACACUCUGCCGGCUCACGCCUUCGACAGGCUCCUGCGGUCCCCUCGGCGGGAGCUCCUGAAGGUCACCGUGAAGGAGACGGUGCAUUCUUCCAGUCCGCUGAUCACCCGCAGCCAGAUCGUCUGCUUCGCCGUUCUGGGUCUGCUGACCUGCCUGGUGGUGUUGGGAACCACGGGCAUCAUCUUCUUCAAUCGCUGCGAGUCUUGGCUGGCUAAUGCCAAGUACAGCCAGCUGGUACGCCAGCAGAGGGACCUCCUAGGGGCCGAGGGUGGGGAGCGUCCCAUAAACGUCAUCCUGCCCGAGAAAAUCAAGCUGAACAAAUACGGGAAGCAGUACACCUCUAUAUAAGCCUGUUUAUAUGGAGAUCCGUAUCGUGCACGGAGUGUCAUGCACCAUUCAGCCAGCAGAGGUCGUUUUUUACACUGCUCCUGUCCCAACUUUUUUUUAACAUGGUGUAUUUAUUACGUUAAGUGUGUGUGUGUGUGUGUGUGUGUGUGUGCA